AUGGUUCAUCCAAGAAUUGAGUGCAACGGCCACGGUGCUGUCCGUAACGAUGAGUUUCUUGAACCCAUCGCGAUUGUUGGUGCAGCUUGUCGUCUCGCUGGUGAGGCAUCAUCGUUGCAUGGCCUUUGGGAUAUGAUGCAAAACUCCCGAACUGCCCACGCCAAGGUGCCCGAAGAACGAUGGCAUGCGGAUGCCUGGUACCAUCCCGAUCCGGACCGUAAAGGCUCUGCAAGUCAAAUCAGCACAUGUGCUUUUGUUUACAUUUGA